AUGCAGGGCCCUUUAUAAGAGAAGGAAACUCUAGCAGACAUCUUUUAUUAAAUUAAAGAUGUAGAUGAACAAAUAUUUGGUGUCAUAUUAGAAAUAUUAAGAAAGGAAAAAGUUUAAGAUUGCAUUGGAUAUCUUUCAAAUAAUGAGAAUCAAAGAAAAUUAGAGUAAUAAAUCUUACAAUUAGGAGAGGAUUUAACUAAAGCCAAUACAGAAUAGUAAUUGUCUGUUGUUCGAAAUGACAUGAAAUAAGUUACAAAUGUCUUAAAAAAAUUAAAAGAUCAUGAAUUCAAUAAAAAAGACUAUGCAAGUGAAGAAAAUUAAGAACCUAAAUAAAGCCUAAUUAAUAGCAUAAAGAAUGAUACAUAGAUGAUAAAAUUUUUGUAAUUUUUAGUUCACCUCACAUCCAUAGAUGACAGUAUCAUAUAAUUAGGGUCUAAUUCUUUACAUUUAUUAGUUUAGAUGAAGGCUAACCUUCGAAACAAAAAUUUUGAAAAUAUUAAAAUCUAAAAUACUUCUUUAGUAGGAGCUAAUUUUGUUCAGUGUAAUUUAAGUGGAUCCUAAUUUAAUAAUGUUAAUAUAAGUUAAAUGAAUUUGAAUGGAGCAUAAUUAAUGAAUUGUAAAUGGAACAACUUAAGAAUACUUGAAUUAAAUAAUUUAUAUGGUCAUACCAGUUCAGUCAACUAGAUUUGUUUUUCUUCUAAUGGAAAUACAUUAGCAUCUGGUAGUAGAGAUAACUCCAUCCGUCUAUGGGAUUUCAAAACAGGAUAAUAAAAAGCCCAAUUAGAUGGUCAUACUAGCACUGUCAACUCUGUCUGUUUCUCUCCUGAUGGAAAUAUAUUAGCUUCUUGUAGUAGUGAUAAGUCUAUCCGUUUAUGGGAUAUCAAAACAGAAUAAUAAAUAGCUAAAUUAGAUGGUCAUUAAUAUAAAGUCAACUCAAUAUGUUUCUCUCCUGAUGGAAAUACAUUAGCGUCUGGUGAUGAUUAGGCUAUCAGUUUAUGGAAUGUUAAGACAAAGAAAAAAAUUGCCAAAUUGGUUGGUCAUAUUGAAACUGUCAACUCUGUCUGUUUCUCUCCUGAUGGAAAAAUAUUAGCUUCUGGUAGUAGUGAUAAGUCUAUUCGUCUAUGGGAUGUCAAAACACGAAAAUAAAAAGCCAAAUUAGAUGGUCAUAGUAAUUGUAUCAACUUUAUUUGUUUUUCUUCUGAUGGAAAUACAUUAGCAUCUGGUAGUAAAGAUAACUCUAUCCGUCUAUGGGAUGUCAAAACAGGAUAAUAAAAUGCCUAAUUAGAUGGUCAUACAAGCACUGUUUUAUCAGUCUGUUUUUCUCCUGAUGAUAAUACAUUAGCAUCUGGAAGUGAUGACAACUCUAUCCGUCUAUGGGAUAUCAAAACAGGAUAAUAAAAAGCCUAAUUAGAUGGUCAUACAAGCACUGUAUUAUCAGUCUGUUUUUCUCCUGAUGGAAAAAUAUUAGCCUCUGGUAGCAGUGAUAAGUCUAUUCGUCUUUGGGAUGUCAAAACAGGAUAAUAAAAAGCCAAAUUGGAUGGUCAUACUAAUACUGUCUACUCAGUCUGUUUCUCUCCUGAUGGAAAUAUAUUAGCUUCUGGAAGUUCUGAUAAGUCUAUCCGUCUAUGGGAUGUAGAAACAGGAUAAUAAAAAGCCUAAUUAGAUAGUUAUUAAUAUUCAGUCAACUCAAUCUGUUUCUCUCCUGAUGGAAAUACAUUAGCGUCUGGUGAUGAUUAGGGUAUCCGUCUAUGGGAUGUCAAAACAGGAUAAUAAACAAGAAUAUUGGAUGGUCAUUAUUAUUAAGUCAACUCUGUCUGUUUCUCUCCUGAUGGAAAAAUAUUAGCUUAUGGUAGUAGUGAUAAGUCUAUCCGUCUUUGGGAUGUCAAAACAGGAUAAUAAAAAGCCAAAUUGGAUGGUCAUACUAAUACUGUCUACUAAGUCUGUUUCUCUCCCGAUGGAAAUACAUUAGCAUCUUGUGGUUAUGAUAAGUCUAUCCGUCUAUGGGAUGUCAAAACAGGAUAAUAAACAACAAAAUUGGAUGGUCAUAGUGAUUAUGUUAGGUCAGUUUGUUUCUCUCCAGAUAGAACUAUAUUAGCUUCUGGAAGUGAUGAUAUCUCUAUUCGUCUAUGAGAUCUUAAAACAGGAUAAUAAAAAGCUAAAUUGGAUGGUCAUACAAAUUAUGUCUUUUCAGUCUGUUUAUCUCCAUGUGAAACCACAUUAGCUUCUGGAAGUGAUGAUAACUCUAUCCGUCUAUGGGAUCUUAAAACAGGAUAAUAAAAAGCUAAAUUGGAUGGUCAUACAAAUUAUGUCUUUUCAGUCUGUUUAUCUCCAUGUGAAACCACAUUAGCUUCUGGAAGUGAUGAUAACUCUAUCCGUCUAUGGGAUGUUAAGGCAGCAUAAGAAAUUAAAUCCUCUGAUAAAAAUUACAAAAAUAUACUUGUAUAAUUUAAAACCACGUUAUUAUAAACCAAUCCUCUAUCAGGUAUAUAUUUUAUAUUUAUUACUUAGUCUCAAAUUAUUCAAUUCUUGUUAUAUCACAAGAAAUAUUAUUUGAAGCAAAAGGAACAUGUAUCUUAUAAGGAGAAUUUAUAAAUCAUUAAGGGAAGGACUUAAAACCUUUAUUCAAAUCAAAAGGAAGCUACUUUUUAGAAAACUUAUUGUAAAAGUGA